AUGACCACUAACCAGCGAGGAGCUAUCAGUGCCCUGCAACAAUCGUCGAGUAUCCAGCCACCAGGAGCUACCGGCGACCACAACCAGCCAACAUCUUCUAGCGACCAGCGACGAGCUUCCAGCGUCCAGCCAUCACCGAGAAGCGAGCAGCGAGCAGCGAGCAGCGAGGAGCAUCCACCCACCAGCAACCAGCUACCAACAUCAAGCAACCAACGACAAGUUUCUGGCGUCCUGCGACCAUCGACCACCAGCGAAGAGCGACUUGCAACCAGUGACCACCGACCAGCGACAAGCGACAAUCGACCAGCGUCGAACACCAGCCGCCAGCGUCAAGCGUUCAAAGUGAAGCCAACAGGGAACAGCGAUCAGCCACCAGCAAACAGUGACCAGUACCCAGCGAACAAUGACCACCGACCAGCGACCAGCGUCGAUCCAGCAACCAGCGAGGAGCAACUAAUGACCAUCGACCAGCAUCCAGCCACCAGCGAGCAGUGA